CCGCCGCCCGCGCUCGCCGCCCGCUGUCACCGCCGGGGAGCGUCGCCAAACGCCCCGACGUCCCGCCCCCUUCGUCCGGGCAGGCGGUCGGAAGUGUGGGUGGGCCCAGAAACAGCCGCGGGAGCCGUCAGGCCCCGCGCGUUCCAGCGAUCCGGCCGUUAGGCAACCCGGGGAAUUGGCAACAAGCGCUCGGCCGGACUGCGGCGGGAGGAUGGGGUUGCGGGCCAGUGUGUGGCCGGCGGAACGUGAGAGUCUGCGUGGGGCUGUCUCGCCUGGGUCGGCACUUUGCACCCGCUCCCUAAGUCUGCCCCGCCUCCGCCCCCGCCCUGGGCGGCCAACCGAGGCUGCCUGGGCGGGGCGAAAGCCCAGGCGCAGGCGCGGGAUUGGCCCGGGGGCGUGACCAGGCUGGGUUCGCGGGCGCGCGCGGGCGCAGCCCCACGUGCCGUCCCAGUCCGCCUGCCGCUCCGCGGGGUCCGGUUCCGCCUGGCCCUCCGCCUGCCCCAAAGCCGGGUCCGGCCUGGCCAUGGGCGCGGGCUCAGUGCGGGCGCGCUACCUCGUGUACUUCCAGUACUUGGGCACGGACUUUAACGGGGUCGCGGCAGUCAGGGGCGCCCAGCACGCCAUCGGAGUCCAGAACUACCUGGAGGAGGCCGCAGAGCGGCUGAACUCGGUGGUGCCGGCAAAGUUCACAAUCUCCAGCCGCACGGAUGCUGGGGUCCAUGCCCUGAGCAACGCGGCGCACCUGGACGUCCAGCGCCGCUCAGGCCGGCCCCCCUUCUCCCCUGAAGUCCUGACGCAAGCCCUCAACACCCACCUGAGGCACCCGGCCAUCCGGGUACUGCAGGCCUUCCGUGUGCCCAGCCACUUCCAUGCCCGCCACGCAGCCACGUCCAGGACCUACCUGUACCGUCUGGCUACUGGCUGCCACAGGCCUGACCAGCUGCCCGUGUUUGAACGAAACCGGUGCUGGGCGCUUCGGGCUGACUGCUUGGACGUCGCUGCCAUGCGGGAGGCCGCCCAGCACCUCCUGGGGACACAUGAUUUCAGGGCCUUCCAGUCGGCUGGCAGCCCGGCCACCAGCCCGGUGCGCACCCUGCGCCGAGCCUCUGUGUCCCCCGACCCUGCCAGCAGCCCCUUUGUCCUCCCCGAGGAGAGCAGGGUCCUGCCAGGCUGGGGGGCAGAGGGCAGAGAAGGCUGCCUAACCUGCCAGAGCUCACUGCCUCGUGGAUGGAUCCCGGCGGUCGGUGAAAAGACUCCACUGGGGGAGAAGCACCAAGCCAGUGGUGCGGAGAAUGACAUCUGUGCUGGUGGCCGUGGGGCUGGGGGCUUUGAUGCCUGCUCAGGUGAAGAUGAUUCUGGAGAGCCAGGACCCCCUGGGCAGGCACCAGAGCCGUGUGGCUCCCGCCCACGGCUUGUUCCUGAAGGCGGUGCUCUACGAGGGCUUCGGUCCUGCCUCUGUGUGCCCUCAGAGUCCACAGCACAGAGGUCACACGUGACCCCUGACACGCAGCAAGGUCAGGGCAGCCGUAGCACACUAGGCCCAGCUGCUGGACGCUGCCCAGCUCUGUACACCACGGUGCAUCACACAGGGACCACGGCAGGCCCCACGCCUGUCAGCCUGGACCUGCCACAAGUCCCCGCCUGCCCCGGGUGGGCUGCCAGAAGUGGGGUGUAGGAGACAGGCGCAAGCACCGGAAAACGAGACACCCAAACAGCCUGUGGU